AUGAAAAGGGUUAGUAUCUCAAACACUUCUAUUUCAGCAUCCCUUGAAAAGUUAAAGAAUGAAUUUUCAACAUCCAACUUGGCCACUGAAGUGCCUGGUCUUGUCUCAUCUUUACAACAACUCUCUCAAUCAAACAUUCUCUUCACUGCCCAUCUAAAUCAACUAAAUCAUACCGUCUCCACCUUUUCAAAACAUCAAGAUGACUUUCUCACCACACUCACCAAAGAAAUCUCUUCUCUUAAACCACAAUCUUCUUCUGCUGCUGCUGCCACUUCUGAUGAUAGAACUCAGAAACUUGAAAAAGAAGUUGGUGAGCUCAAAGUAAUGAUGAAUGAAAUGUUAGGCCUCCUCAAAUCUAAGGUGGAAGUCGCUGAUGUCUCAGCUACUUCCAAGGGGGAUAAAAUUACAGAGGAGGGGGAGCAAACUAAAGAAAGUCAAGCUGAUAAGGUUGAAGAAGUGGCAGCUAAUGUUGAGGGGGAGCGAGCUGAUAAGGAAGUUGCUGAGAAGACAGCUGAGGAUGUGCCAGCUGGUCUUGCUAGAAUUGUCCCCAAGCCCGCUGAAGUUGUGCCAGUGAGGCCAAGAAAUGUGUCUACAUUUAAGCGAACUCCAGAGUUCCACGCUGCUCUUGAAAAAAGAUUUGCUGAUAAAGGUAAAGCAGCUGUGAAAGAAGAGGAGCUUUCAGCCAAGUUCAUCGGUGAGCAGAUUGUUAAUGAGGAAUUAAAAGGCGCUGAUGAAGAAACGAGAAGGUUGGGUUUGGAAGCUCUUAAAAAGGAUGAAGAUUUGUUCUUUACUAAGAAAUCAAAGACCUUGGAAGAGAGUCAGGAUGCCUAUCUUGACUCAAGGGAGAUAAGACAAAGAAAGGAAGAAAUUAUUAAGGUCACUCCUACUAUCACUCAGCAAGAGAUCUUUAAGCUGAUCAAAGACAAGAAGACACCUCAGUAUGAUCCUUUACUCAAAACGGCUGGAGAGCAGAUUAAAGAUAUCAGAAGUAAAGAACGAAAGUACAGGAUAAAAGACUCUCUACUCAGCUCUGCCAGGCAUCCUUAUCCUCCUCCUCCUCAGCAACCAAGAAGUGGCAUCAAAAGGAUAGUUGUUGGACAUGCAGUCUCUCAGCUAGCUCCCCUCUAUUCUCAGGGCUGCAUUGCCUCCUCAACAUUCCUUAUAAAGAUUAGGAAGUAUUGCAUUCGGUCCUCCAACAAUCAAGAGUUUGUGAAGUUGAUUGAUCGAGAACUGCUGAAGCCUGAAAGACAAAAUGAUGCAGAGUUGAUCAAGGCUAAAGAAGAGUGCAUGCGGGAGUAA